CCGUUUCUCCUGUCCAACCACCCAUCGCCGCCCACCUCAGAUCAAGCCACCGCGCGCGGCCUGGCAAUGGCACCGACGGAGGCGGAGCAGCACCCGCGGAAGGCGCUGGCGCUGGCGCUCGCGGCGCACGACGCCUCCGGCCGCGUCACCCCCAUCCGGAUCUCACGAAGGGAAACUGGAGAUGACGAUGUCGCUAUACAGGUACUGUACUGCGGGAUAUGCCACUCUGACCUGCACACUGUUAAGAAUGAGUGGAGGACCGCCAUGUACCCUGUUGUCCCUGGGCAUGAGAUCGCCGGGCUAGUCACCGAGGUUGGCAAGAACGUGCACAAGUUCAACGUCGGCGACAGGGUCGGCGUCGGGUGCAUGGCCAACACCUGCCAGUCCUGCGAGAGCUGCGAGGCAGGGCUCGAGAACUACUGCUCCAAGAUCGUCUUCACCUACAACUCCCGUGACCGGGACGGCACCGUCACCUGCGGCGGCUACUCCGACAUGGUCGUCGUGAACCAGCACUUCGUCAUCCGGUUCCCUGACGGCAUGCCCCUCGACAAGGGCGCGCCCCUGCUCUGCGCUGGGAUAACUGUGUACACCCCCAUGAAGUACCACGGGCUGAACGAGCCGGGCAAGCGCAUCGGCGUGAUCGGCCUCGGCGGGCUUGGGCAUGUCGCCGUGAAGUUCGCGAAGGCGUUCGGGAUGAGGGUGACCGUGAUCAGCACGUCCCCGGAGAAGAGGGAGGAGGCCAUGGAGAAGCUCGGCGCGGAUGCCUUCGUUGUCAGCAGCGAUGCUGGUCAGAUGAAGGCUGCGAAGGGCACAAUGCAUGGCAUUAUAAACACGGCCUCUGCAAGCAUGUCCAUGUACCCGUACCUCGCUCUCCUCAAGCCCCAGGGCAAGAUGAUCUUGCUUGGCCUGCCUGAGAAGCCCCUGCAGAUCUCUGCCUUCUCCUUGGUUGCUGGCGGCAAGACUCUGGCCGGGAGCUGCAUGGGGAGCAUCAGGGACACUCAGGAGAUGAUGGACUUCGCCGCUAAACACGAGUUGACGACGGAUAUCGAGGUGGUCGGCGCCGAGGACGUGAACGAUGCACUGGAGCGCCUCGCCAAGGGCGACGUCAGGUACCGCUUCGUCAUCGACGUCGGCAACACCCUUGUGGCGGCGUGACUAGCGACCUCACCGGUGUCAGCCCUAUAGCUAGCUACGACGUACGACACCUGAUUCUGAUCAGUAAAUGUACUAAGGGUGUUACUUGCUUAAGCAUACUAUUGUGAGUUGAUGUAUUGUGUAAGCGUGAUAAGGGAAGGAAUAUUUGGAAUAAAAAGAAGCUCUAUGGUUUGAAAAU